AUGCAACAGACUGCAAGUGUUUUCUCGAACCCCGCCUACUGCAACAAAACAGAUGUGGUUCCUCAGAAGGCUCAACUGGCCGUGAAACUCCACUUCGAGAAGGAGGUCUUCAGGACUCGUAUGGAAGCUACCAAGGAGGAGUCUCGAGUUGAUGACAUCCGUCGUCUGGCCAGGACAGCGUGGCCUGAGCUGGUCCACAGAGACUUCAAUGUAUUCUAUGUUGAUGAUGACGGAGAUAAUUGUCCACUCAUUGAAGAGUCGUGGGCUGACUUGGUGUCGCUUGUGAGUGAGCGUCCACCACCGAGAUUGUGA